AUGGCCGACAGUUUUGGAAGAAAAGAAAGAAGAAAAAGUCUCAGCGUCUUCAGCCCCUCGUCCGCGGCCUCCAACCUAACAGCUUCCCUUUCCCACGAUCGCUCCCCCUCCGACGAAACCCAUGUCCUGAAGAAACGAAAAAACCGUCGCAAUUCCGGCUUCUUUGGCGGCAAUCGGAAUGUCAGCCCCCAGCCUCAGAAUCUGGCAGCCUCCGCGACUGCAGAUGCCGAAAUAGCAGCAUGGGCCGCCUCCAUGGCCUCCUCCACUCCCCCAGACGCCGUGGUUCGUCCCCGACGGAAAUCGUUACAGAAAAAACGCGCCUCCGUUUUCGGGUCCCUCCGAUCGCUACACUCGUUCGAGAAUGACGAAGACACCAAGUCCACCGGGCGCUCCAAGAAUUCUUCCGGGGAUGACGACGAUGCCUCCGCCGCACGGACAUGUAUGAUUGGAAAUAUGGUUCUACAUCAUGGCGAGGUUCAGACCACUGGUGGCAUGUGGAGGAAAAAGAGCCAAUUUCUCGUCCUUACCAACACCCAUCUCGUCCGUUUCAAGAGCCAGAAGAAAGCCGCUGAAGCCUUCCCGUCCAUUCCUGCCUCCUUCGAACGCCCGAGUACCUCGAGUAACCUGCAACAUCACCGGCAGUCCGUGGCCUCUGUCAGUUCGAUUCAAGAUGCGCAAUUGUCCGCCGCCGCCGAUACCUCCGUCGGCAUCCCCCUGAACAGUAUCAUCGCCGUCUACAUGCUGGACGAUGGGAGACUCUCGUCCUCGGUCGAGCUUGCCUACGUGGACGACCGCACUCAAAAGGCCGCCUUCGUGCAGAUGCAAACGCCCGAAAUCCAGGAAUUGAAUCUGUGGAUGGUGGGAAUCCGUUCGGCAGCCGAGAUGACUCGCAUGUCCGAUCCAUUGCCCUUUGGCCAGAGAACUGUCGAGCAUGUUGCGCGGAUACUAGAGUACGAGCGGGAUUACGACCCGGAGACGUUUCGCAUGUUCCGUGUUAUUCAGAUGGCCUCCAGCGGAGGCAGUAACGGUAGCAUGCAUGGGAGCACUGGGAGCGGCAGCGGCAAAUACCCGGCCCGCACGUCGUCUGAAGAUAUCACCAAGCUUUCCCCUACCGGCUGCUAUCUCGCCCUUGGAUCGCACAAGCUGCACCUGAUCCCGUUUCAGCAGAAACCGACCCACCGCGGUUCCGUGGUUUCCCUUCCGGAUAUGGAAUCCGCAUCGUCAUUUGGGCUGAUGAACCUUACCUCGCUGUCAAUGGAGUGGGGCGACGAUAGCCUUCAUCUGACUUUCCGAGUCCCGCUCCGCAAACCAUUUUCGAUCUUUCUGGCCUCGGUGCAUUCGCUGGAGAUUGCCUUCUGGAUAAGGCAGCAUACCGAGUUCUUGCGGCCGCUUUGGAUCAGACAACCCUUCGAUUUUAUCGUUCCCCGCGACCUCGACGAUGAAAGUAACUUCCCCCCUGUGACGCUCGAUGAGGACUAUGGCUGUUUCGACCGGACGCUGGUUGCCUACUCCGCCAGUUAUGAUAUCGAUACGUCCAAUAUCCGUUACACCAUCGACAUGCAGUGUGAGGAUGCGCCGUGUUUCAAGCUUUUACCACCGGCAUAUACGAAUCGCCAGAAGUACACACCCAUGGAGCUGAUUGCGGUCUUGCGGGCGUUGCGCUACAACGAGUCCUUCCGGUCGAUCUCGUUCAACCGUGUCAGUCUGGAUGUGCUGCAAGGCAUUCGCGAUCUGCACGGUGUAGACAAGGAUGCCCGUCUGACUCGCGCAGGUUCACCGGUCACCAUCCCCGGACAGGAGAAUCUGUCGGUGCUGUCACAGGAGAUUCGAGCUCUGACUUUGAAGAGCAAAUAUCUCCGGCGCAUGGAUUUCUCGUACUCUCUCAGUCGCGUUCCUCAGUCGAAUAGUGAGAGCCAUGACCCUGGCUGUGGUAUUCCAGAGGCUAUCUUCCCCGUCUGCCGGCGGGAGCUCACGAGCGUGGACUGGGUGGUUCUCAAUGGUAUCAAACUUGGCGACUCUGACCUCGACUACCUCGUCGACGCAGCCUCUCAGAGAUCAAGUCAUUUGCGGGCUUUAGAAGUGGGCAACUGCGGGUUGUCCGUGCACGACAUUGAUCUACUUCUGUCGACCAUCGUCGCUCAGGAGUCGACGCUGGAAGCGAUUGACAUCUCCGGAGUGCAAGGUCGCUUGAACCCGUAUGUGUUGCAGCAGUACAUUGGCUACUUUAGUCAAAUCAGGAAGAUCAAUUUGUCACGCAUUUCCCGAACCUCGGGGCCCGAACCGCUUGUCACGGCUGAAACGCUCUUCAAUUGGCAACUCGAUGAGUUAUCAUUGAGUCAGACGCCGGUGAACACGCAGACCGUCGAUGCAAUUGCCAUUUAUUUGGGAAGUAAGCAGUCAUUGAGAUUGCGGGUGCUUCGGCUCGAUCAGUGCGGUCUGAACGGACAAGACGUGGCUGUGCUUCUGCAUGCGAUUGCUUCCGCGAGCGAUAAACCGCGCGAGCUUCAUAUGCACGUCAAUGAAAACCGCCUCGACAAUGGCUGCAUCCAACUGUUCAAAGCCAUCGGUCAGGACGAGACCCCGUCGCAUCUGUCGAUGAGAAUGAUCGACUUCAAGGAGGAGAAGCAGUUCCGAGUUCUCGUCGAUGCGCUUCGCAAGAAUCGCUCGUUGCGGUUUCUGGAUAUCUCCAAGGCGUCGCUUCCGUAUGAUGCGGGGCCGGAUACGUGCAAGUCGCUGCAGGCGAUGUUCGAGGAGAAUGAUACGCUAGAGGACUUGGAUAUCAGUGGCGACAGCGCGCAUUUGGACGUGGCCCGGUUUGGCAUUGGUCUCAACCUGGCAUUGACUGGUUUGAAACUGAACAAGUCUCUGAAGGUGCUGCGGAUUGAGCAUCAGAGGCUUGGCCUGCAGGGCGCUAACACUCUGUCGUCUGUCCUGGAAGACAACACCAGCCUACGUGAGAUCUACUGUGAGAGCAACGAUAUCAAUCUGCAGUCUUUUACAGUUCUCGUCAAUGGAUUGCAGCGGAACCAGUCCUUGUUAAGUCUUUCGUGCAUGGAUCGAGACCGGGCCCAAUCGCUGAAUAAGCUGCGCCGGGAAAUUGAGGGGUUGAAACGGGAAGUCACCUACGCCCAGAGCUCCACGUCAAGCUCGAUCCGACGGUCUCUCCACGCGGCUGUGACUGUGGGUCACGCAGCGGUUGGAAACAAGCUGACCAAAAAUCCCCCGUCGGCCGGUCACUACCGCAGUGGGACCAUGUCUUCUUCUUCGGUGGCGCCGCAGGUUCUAGACCAUGAUGUCGACUUUGUCUUGCAAUCUCUCCACCGGAAAUGGGAUGGAGAGGUUGCACGUCUGCGGCGGUACCUGUUUCGUAAUUACAACAUUGCCAGUGGAAUAGAUGACGAGCCCGCUGUUGAAGGUGACGAUGCUUACAGCGAUGGACGACCAACGACCGCAGCAAGCUUGGGGACGAUGUUGGAAAACCUCAAGUUCGAAGUCACCGUCUCUGCGGAUGAGUUGCCCAACGUCCAGCAAGCACCGCCUCCAACAGCAUCGACCAUGGCAGAAGACGACGUGGAAACACCAAAGGCGGCUCCUGGUACCCAUCUGGACAUUUUUGACAGUCUGAAUUCCGAACCGACUGGUGUAAUACUAGAUCCGCGACAGCGUCCCCAGACCGCUCCCUACUACGCGCCUGAAUAUGCCCCCGCCUCUUCCGCACGAUUGGCCGUUCCCGUCCCCGCAGUGCCGUCCACAGUCGUCAAGCCUGACAGUGUCCGGAGCGCCCGCAGCUCUAGUCUUGUAUCGUCCAGUACUGGUACUAACGCGAGUUCACGGAGCACCUACGGCACCGCGUCAUCGGCAUUAAAGGGCUUCCUCGGUGGAAGCGCAUCCAAGGAACGACGCAAGAUUGAAAAAAUGAGGCCCGGGCUCUGUGUGUCGGAUGACAAGGCCCCGCAGCUGAACUGGGCUCCUCCUAAGCUUGACUGGGCGCCUCCCAAGGUUAACAUGGGAGGCUUUCAGUGA